UUAUAUAUAUAUAAGAUAAUUGCAAAUUCGAAUAAAUUCGAGCGUUAGGGUUUUUACUUAGCGUCCGCAUCCAUAGAAAUUCCUGGAUUCCAUCAUCUUAACUCUCUUCUAUCAAUUCUGUUCACAGGAAAGGUGCUACACAGGGGACGAGCUCUAUCGAAUUUGGAAGGUUCUGGAACAUAUUGGCAUACUGAUCAGGGAAAGUACCAUGUGUGAAGUACUCUGAAGAUAGAUGUGCUGGGAGGAAUGUUAUUCUUUCUCACACAAAGUUGUAGUGGUUGCAUCCUGUGCAGGAAAAGAAUCAAAGAGAGACCCUUCUGUUUAAGGGGCUAAUAUGCCAUCCUAUAUGUCAAAACUACGAGCACCGGUUCACUUUCUAGGGUGGGAAGGUGGAUUUAAAAGUUCACUGGAGUUUCUUUUUGGGCAACAGAAACUCUUGUGUGGCAGUUCAAGCCUGUUUCACUCAGUACCUUAUUCCUCACUCACAGAAUUGCAUGCACUCUUAAGACCUGGCACUAUUUCUGGUUCUAGUUCAGAGCUAGUUAAUAGUAGGAGGAAUAUCUCUGUUCUUGGAGCAAUUUCUCGCACAUUUUCUAUUCCUUCUGUGUCAGGCCCUGCGUUACAGACCUGUGGGUAUCACAUUGAUUGUGCCAUUGCUGAAUCCAAUCAAUAUUCAACUCGCAGCAAGUUUCAAGACAACCCAAUGGCUGCUUGUGGUUCUAGAGCUGGACUUGGUGAAUGUUCUCUCGAGAAUCUAAGUUUUAGGAUUGCACGCACCUCUCCUCCAGCGAUCAGUCCUAGUAUUUGUUUCAACAAAAGAAGCGUUGAUUGCUGCCCAAAAGCCAGCAUGAGUUUGAAAAAUCAGGAGCAGCCUAGCAAUAAUGUGAUAUAUGGAUACUUUACAUACAAUGUUGCAAAAAGGUUUUGCAGCAGUUACCUACAUGCUGGGUUGGGAGCAAGGGAUCUUCAUAGUUCGUCCACUUCUUCCCUAGCUGCUGGUUCUGCCCCCAAUUUGUCAUUUGAUAAUUCUGCACGGGAGGAACAACUUGCCAACUCUACUGAUUCAUCCGCACAAAAGAUUCCGAAAGGCAAAUCGAUGAAACUGGUUUCUGGGUCUUGCUAUCUGCCCCACCCUGAUAAAGAAGAUACUGGUGGAGAGGACGCUCACUUUAUUUGUGUGGAUGAACAAGCUAUAGGGGUGGCUGAUGGUGUGGGUGGUUGGGCAGAUCUUGGUGUUGAUGCUGGACAGUAUUCCCGAGAACUCAUGUUUAAUUCAGUUAAUGCAGUUCAAGAGGAGCCCAAGGGCUCAAUUGAUCCAGCUAGAGUCUUGGAGAAGGCUCACUCGAAAACAAAAGCCAAAGGCUCCUCCACUGCCUGUAUCAUAGCGCUUACAGAACAAGGGCUCCAUGCAAUCAAUUUAGGAGACAGUGGAUUUAUGGUGGUUAGAGACGGAUGCACAAUAUUCAGAUCUCCUGUGCAGCAGCAUGAUUUUAACUUCACCUUUCAAUUGGAGAGUGGAAACAAUGGUGAUUUACCUAGCUCUGGACAGGUCUUCUCGGUCCCUGUUGCUCCUGGAGAUGUCAUAAUUGCUGGCACUGAUGGACUCUUUGAUAACUUGUACAACAACGAGAUCACCGCAGUGGUGGUUCAUGCCAUGAGAGCUGGCUUAGGCUCUCAGGUGACUGCCCAGAAGAUAGCUGCUCUUGCACGCCAGCGAGCUCAAGAUAAAGACCGACAAACACCUUUCUCCACUGCUGCUCAAGAUGCUGGGUUUCGGUACUACGGAGGCAAGCUUGACGACAUUACCGUCGUCGUGUCAUAUGUUGCCAGCUCCAACGACAAGUGAGUGUCCUGAACGUCUUCUCGCAUACUUUCAUCCCCACGUUUCUGUAUAUAAUCUUUGCAGCAUAUAAACAUUGACAUUGCUUAUUGUAUCAAAGCAUUUCAUUGAACUAUCUUAACUCUUUACAUGUUGAAGAGUGGAUGACCUCUUUUGUAAGUGAAAAAAAUCAGGGGCGUGAGCCAUCCCCAGGUUUGAGCGGUUGUUUCUCUGCUUUCUACUUCCAUCUGAA